CGUCAAUGUUUUGUUUCGUGCCUCCGUGGUUUUUGGUGUGAGUUCUACAAACUCAAUAAUGGAAGGAACGGCGUCCAAUAAAGGUUUGUAAAUGCACUUUUUAAACAUUUUGUUGUUGUUAAAACUAGUUUAAAAUAAAUAUUAUAACUAAACACGACUGAACUGAAUAGCUGCACUGAUAAAAUGAAACAUUCAUGCUGUUUUUAUAAGUCAUGGUCGAGUUUGUUCAAAAUAAAGGGGAAUCCAGUUCAAAAUUUAUGGCCUUUUUGCUGUGCAGUUUAAACAUAUUAUGAAAUUGCAGUAUGUGCGGAUUAGAUUGGGGGCGGAGGGGUGCUUGAUAGAUUGGCGUUUAGAGUAGGACUACUGUAGAACUGGAACACAUUUUUCUGAUAUCGCUCUAUCUCCUAAUUCACUGAAAUUAGUUGUUUUUUUUUUAAAUAAUUGUAAUCAUAAAAUUUGUAUUAAAAUACUAUGGCACAUGCUCACACAUACACACACGCUGGAGUGAUCUAAAAAUAAUAAACCCCCAUAUCGGUGACGUUCGACCCCAAAACAAGAUGGCUCCCACUCUGGCCCUCCAAACAACGUUGCAUCGUGCUGUGAAGCUAGAGAGUCUAGCAUGCUGAAUGAUGUGUCCUCCGUUUUCUAUCGGUUUGUCGGGGGGGGGGGGCGGAGGGGAAAACACCCCGGCCAGGGAGGAUUUCCCACUUUGUAUGCUCCCACUCUGGCCCUCCAAACAACGUUGCAUCGUGCUGUGAAGCUAGAGAGUCUAGCAUGCUGAAUGAUGUGUCCUCCGUUUUCUAUCGGUUUGUCGGGGGGGGGGCGGAGGGGAAAACACACCGGCCAGAGAGGAUUUCCCACUUUGUAAGAUUUAAAUUAUGUUCAACUUCAGCUUUUAAGCGGUAGAAUCAAAGCGUGACAAUGUGCUACAAGCUAGCCGUAAACUAAACACACACUCUUCCCACUGAUAGCUAGACUUUGAUUUUUUAAGGGAGGGAUGGGAAUUGUAAAAAUAAUUCUGGACUGGAAAUUAAUAGGUAUUAAUUAUACCAUUUUAAAUAUAUAUAUAUUUUUUUUUUUUGCGCUACAAUUUUCUUCUUUUAUUUUCAGGAUGGAGUUAUGAAUUUGGUUACUGAAGAGAGAACGGGUUACCUUUUAACUGAUUAAGGUGUUUUACUUUGGCUAAGACGACCUUGACAUCAUGAGAAUUCUGUGCUUCGAGAGGGACAACCUGACCCAGCUGACCGACCCGGAUUUCAACUGCGACAUGUACACCGCCAGUUUUGAGUUGUUCCCCUUUCACGAGGGCUCCACCUACUCCGUCUACAAGGGCCUCAUCAACGGCAAGGGGCCACUCCGGGGCCAGCUGUGCGUGGUGAGGGCCCUUCUGGACAGGUCAGCCAGUGCCGUGGACUGGAAGUUUGUUCUAAGGCGGGCCGUGGACGCACGCCAGCUGACCAUUGAAUUCAACAAACAGAUGGGCUACAACGUCCUGAGCGUCUUGGUGCCGAUGCUGACCCAGAUGGAGACGGUGUCGGACUUCACGUGCCUCUUCAGGUGCUUCAUGCCUCACGACAAGCGCCUCAAACGGGAAGAAUACGUCACAGUGGAGCCCUUUAUAGAAGGCAGGUUCCGUUACCUGGACUCGAGACCGCACACAAAUCCGGUUGCCGGGGAUCUCAAACUGGACCCAGAAGACAACAACAACGACGAAACCGCUGACCAGGACCACGGUGACGCGGACAGCGACGCGGCCAGCGUUCAGGAUCCGGUGACCCCCGCGGCAAACUUAGCGGACGCUUUCAGCCACUUCACGUGGCACGUCACCAAGACCAUGGUCGUCUGCGACCUCAAGGGCGUCCACAACGAUCUGAUCUACACCCUCUCGACCCCUACCAUCCACUCCACGCGACUCCUCUACGGCGACACCGAUGGGGGCACCCUGGCCAUCUCCGAGUUUUUCUCCUCCCACCGUUGCAACACCAUCUGCAGCAGGUGGGACACCUUCUGCCCCAGCAAACACAGCAGCCAGUACCACAGCCCUUGUAGAAACUUCCAUCAACAGGAGAGCCCCAGCCGAUUCAGCGUCCAGCCGGUCAGUUCCUCCACGCAGCAGUUAGCCGCCGCCCCGAGCCUGCCCCCGCAACCCCAGGCCAGCUACAUCCACCAGCCGCAGGACCCGUCCUCCUAUUACAACUGCAACCCCGCGGAACCGAAUGUCCCGCUUCAUAUGGAAAAUGGCUAUCAGUUUUCUUUUGUGUAGUAGCAGAGAUAUAGAUUUUUUUCCCUAUAAAAUUACAAGUCUUAAGUGCAAAAUGUUCAACAACAAUCUCGAAAUGUUGUAAAGGGAACUCUUCGAUAUCCUUGUAGAGAUCCAAACUUAAUCGAUAUUCUAGGAGAAAUCUAAACAGAAUCGAUAUUAUGGGAGAGAUCCAAACGGAUUUGAUAUCCUAGGAGAAAUCCGAACGGAAUCGAUAUCCUAGGGAAAAUGCAAACAGAAUCGCUGACGAUAUUGAAGAGCCAUCAAAACGUCAAUUUUUGAAAAAAAAACUUUUACCGACAAGUUCAAAUCCUUAACUUACCUACUUUAUGCAUACUGGUAUACAAAAAUUAUACCUUGAUUGGAAUGUUAGGUAGCACACGUCAGUGUUUGUCACAUUAUUUUUAAAAGGGUUGACCGGCAGGAACUUAUUCAGUUGUUGCACUUAUUUGAUCUACGUAGAAUAUUCACAUUUAAUUGACCGGGUAAUCUUUGCGGAUCGACCCUUUAGAAACACUGGUGUGGGGAAUGACAAUAGGGUUUGUCAUUUCUAAGACCGGACACCCGUCACACCGCAUUACGCGAUGUUACUAUUUUUAGACAAGGUUUUCGUAAACAUUGCAUACAUCAGUAACAAUUGCUUAAAAAAAACAAGUUUUCGUCUAGGUUGAGACCCACUGCGCUGACUAACUUUUGUAUACCCAACAGCUGUUGAGUGAAUAGCCAAACGGAUAACUCGGAUGUUUUAUUAAUAUUAUUGUCGCCCUUUUAAUGAUAUGGGUCAAACUAAAUCCCGGAUGUUCUUUUAAUGGAUUUCCGUCAUUAAAUUACAAAUCUUAUAUUCGUGUAUUAUGAAACUUCUGAUAUUCCGGCUAAGUAAGUGACUUCCCCUGGUGUACAGCCUGAACAACCUUGGCAACGUAGUCGAUUUUUGGUUCGCUGAUUUCGUUUUAUUUCCAGUUAUUAAUCAAAACGCACCCACACGUAUUAAUCAUUUUAAAAACCACCUUUUCUCGUCCAGUUAAAGGAAAUAGCAAACUAUUAUUUUUAUAAAUGUUUCAAAAAAGGUAUAUAAAAUAUAUUUAUAUAAUUAGUAGAACUGUUUCGAGACAAUUUGGAAUCAUCUAUUG